AUGCAAUGCAUUAGCCCUCACGCUGGCGACUCUCCCUCCUUCCCUGCUCAGGCGGCGGCGGUUGCUCCAGCAGCCGACUACAUCCCGCCGGCGCCGUCCGGGCCGGCGCCAUCUGCCCCGAUUCCGGAGGGGUCUCAGGUAUUGGACGCGGCCCCAACGGCGCCCCCGCCCGUUCCGCCGAUGGCGCUGAAUCGGAAGCAGUCCGUUGAACUUAUCUGGUCAACGAUCGACAAGAAUGGUGAUGGCAAGGUGUCGAAGCGCGACAUGAAGACUGCGAUCAAGGCGCACGGCCCCGAGUUCAAGGAGCGGCUUGGCCUCAAACGGCUCAAGGACGUCAACGACUGGUUCGAUCUUGCCGACUAUGACCGCGACGGCAUGGUCUCGGCGCGCACUUUCGACUCGAUGCUCGAAAAGCAGGAGAAUAAGCUCAACCCGCCAAAGAACAAGCGGUGA